AUGCAUGAAUAUAUCCCCCUCUCUCACAAAUUCAGUAUGAUAAAAGCAGCAUUCCAACAUAACUGGGUGUGGCAGGGGGGGGGUUCAAAUUUAAUACCUGACACUAAACACCGAUCAAAAGAAUACAACUUCAACCUCAUACACUCAUCGAUUGUAGCUGCUUGA